UUUUUACAUAUUCCACAUCGUAAUCCUAAACAACACCAUCAACAAUUUCCUCAACAUGAGGACGAAAUUACUGUUCCCGGUCCAGUAUUAACUCAUCAUAUGGUCUCACCAGGGACCUUAGCUAUGGAUCAAGCCAUCCAAGAACAACCACAGACCAUUCAUCAGACGUAUGAUGAAAUUACGAGUAUUAAUCAAGCAUGUGAUAAUGAUGCUGUAUAG